GCGCAGCGGGCUCCGGCUCCCAGGAAGCACGCUCCCCUAGAGCCCAGCCUUUCAUUUUAAAAAGACAGAGAAGGUUCCACGCACCUGGCUCCCCGGUGCCGGGCAGCUGAGGACGGAGCAGGCCCCGGCGGCCUCGGGCAGCAGCUGGACCUCAUGGGGGGCGGGGGGGAGUGACCACAAGUUCCCCUUCUUCAGGCAAAACAAAACCGAAGCAGACGCGGGGGUUUUGCUCCGGCCGUUCCCAGGCCGCUUUCGGUUUGCCCCUGACUCGCCCGUGCCGCCUCAGCACUUUUCUUGCUGAGAAAAUGCAGAAGCUGGAGCUCCCGGCCGGAGAGGCUUCCCUUCCCCUCGGCGAGAGCAUCCCCCGGGCAGACUGUCCGCGGCUGGGAGCCUCCGCGGACCGCGCGACAUGCCGCCAGCUAACUGCUCGGAGCACAGCGUGGGGGCGGAGGCGGCCGUGGCCUCGCUGCUGGCGCUGGAGUGCGGGCUGGGCCUGCUGGGCAACGCCGUGGCCCUGUGGACGCUCCUCUUCCGCCUGAAGGUGUGGAAGCCGCCCGCCGUCUACCUGGUCAGCCUGGUCCUGGCGGACCUGCUGCUGACCCUCUGCCUGCCCUUCCUGGCCGCCUUCUUCCUGCGGCACAAGACCUGCGGCCUCGGCCGCGCGCCCUGCCGGGCCCUGUUCUUCCUGUGGCCCCUGGGCCGCGGGGCGGGCGUGGCCUUCCUCACGGCGGUGGCCGUGGACCGCUACUUCCGCGUGGUCCACCCGCGGCUCAGGGUCAACCUCCUGUCCCCUCGGGCGGCCUGGGGGGUCUCGGGCCUGGUCUGGCUCCUGAUGGCCGUGCUCAACCACCAGAGCCUGCUCGUGCCCGAGGCCGAGUGCCCGGCGUCGGACCCCAGCACGGGCGGCCCCUCCGGCCGCGCCUGGCAGGAGGCGCUGUCCUUCGCCCAGUUCAUCCUGCCCUUCGGCCUCGUCCUGUUCUGCAACGCGGCGAUCAUCCGGGCCCUGCGGGGGCGGCUCCGGGCGCCGGGCAAGCAGCCCAAGCUGCAGCGGGCCCGGGCGCUGCUGGCCGCCGUCGUGGUUCUGUUUGUGCUCUGCUUCCUGCCCAGCUUCCUGGCCCACGUGGCGCUGGCCGUGUGCCGGGGCGUGGGCGGCUGCGGGGCCCGCCGGGCCCUGGUGCUCGCGGCCGAUGUGGCCAGCAGCCUGACCGGCCUGCAGAGCGUGCUGAACCCCGUGGUGUACUGCUUCUCAAACCCCGCGUUCCGGCACUCCUACCGCAAGGUCUUCCUCAGCCUCCGGGGCCAAGGGCCGGGCACCCAGGCCCCAACCUGCGACCUCAGGGACUCGGACUCCUGAGCACGGCCCGCCCCGGGCUCGUGGGACCCCCGCCCUGGCUCCUGGGCGCCCCGGGACCUUUGUCAGGAUCCAGGCAAAGAGAAACCUCGAGACUGCGCUGCAAGGAGAGGCCACAGUCGUCAGCAAAAUGGACAUUCUUCUUCGUCUUGUGCGCCAGCACUUCCUUCGGCUGCUACACAAAACGGCCGCAGAUCAGACAGGACGCGAGGCCUCCCGGUCCCUGUGUGCGUGGCUGCCGUGACAUGGCCACACCGCAGCCCCCCAGGGCUGUCCAGGGCGGCCCCUGUGGGGGAGGAGCCGGAGGCCCUGUCAUUCUCACUCCCUCUCGUCUCCGUGAGUCACUCUCCUCUUGGCUUGUUGGUAAAUGCAAGUGUGUGCGCUUCCCGCCUGCUGCGCGGACGCACGGGGAUGGUGGGCCUGGCGGGCCAGGGAGGGCUGGGGUGGGAGGUCUGCACCCAGCGGGCUGGGCACCGGUCGGCCCAGGUUCAUGCUCGUUGCUUUGUUUGCACGACUGUCCGUUACAUCAGAGACAGCCCAGCACCCUGGUCAUUGUAACAAGCACCUUCUCACUAAACGUCUCGCAAUC